CCCAUCAUCCAACAUAUAUUGCUCAUUCCUCUGUUAAUUUCUUUUGUAAGAUAUUAUAGUUUAUAGUUUAUACUCUAUAAGGAGAGUAAGGAAACACUAAUAAGAGUAUCUAUGGAGGUUUCUUGCACUGAUCAAGAAGUUGCAGUAGAAACAGUGAAGGUCAGUUCUAACAGACUCAACGACCUCAAAGCAUUCGAUGAAACAAAAACCGGCGUCAAGGGUCUUGUUGACAAAGGCCUUACAAAGAUUCCAUUGCUGUUCCAUCACCAACCUGAUAAUAAUAAGAAAUCUCACUCAGAACACACAAUUCCAGUUAUAGAUCUUGAAGAUGUUGUUAGCAAGGAUCCAAUCAAACGACAAGGAGUUGUUUCAAGAAUAAGGGAAGCAUGUGAGACAUGGGGUUUCUUCCAAGUGGUGAAUCAUGGGAUCCAUGAGUGUGUUCUUGAGGAGAUGAAAGAUGGAGUAAGAAGGUUCUUCGAGCAAGAUGAUGAGGUGAAGAAAGAGUUUUAUACAUGUGACCAAAAUAGGACGUUCAUUUAUAACAGUAAUUUUGAUAUGUAUAGUUCACCAGCACUUAAUUGGAGAGAUACAUUUGUGUGCUAUCUUGCUCCUAAUCCUCCUAAGCCAGAAGAAUUACCAGUCGUAUGCAGGGAUAUCCUUCUCAAAUAUGGGAACCAUGUUAUGAAACUAGGGAUUGCACUCUUUGAAUUACUAUCAGAAGGUCUUGGUUUGCAUCCAAACUAUUUAAGAGACAUAGGUUGCACUGAUGGACUUAUUUCACUUUGCCAUUACUAUCCUGCAUGUCCUGAACCAGAACUAACUUUGGGAAUCACUAAGCAUUCCGAUAACAACUUUAUCACAGUGCUUCUCCAAGACCAUAUCGGCGGCCUUCAAGUACUUCAUCAAGAUAAGUGGAUCGAUAUACCGCCGCUAUCAGGGGCUCUAGUUGUCAAUAUUGGUGAUCUUCUGCAGCUUAUAACAAAUGAUAAAUUCAAUAGUGUUCAACACAGAGUGCUGGCAAAUUUUAUUGGUCCAAGAAUAUCUGUUGCAAGUUUUUUCUGCUCAGGUGUCAAAUCAUCGUCAAAACUUUAUGGCCCUAUAAAAGAAUUGUUAUCAGAAGACACUCCUGCAAAAUAUAGAGAAAUCACGAUUGAGGAAUAUGUAAAAUACUAUAAUGCCAAAGGCCUUGAUGGAACCACUUCUCUUGAACAUUUUAGGGUUUGACUUCAGAAAUUUGGAAUUAGGGUUGGUUUAAUAAUCACAUGAUGGUAGUGACAUUAUUUAUCAAAUAAAACUUAAGGUAUAUCUCAUAUUCACAAAGUUUGUAAUUGUAAUUGAGGUGUCCUAUAAAAAAUGAAUACUUUGUUGAGUUAUUAUGUCUGUGUGUUGA